UGUAAUCGUAAUCAGAAAAGAAAAUAGAAGACGAGUGUUAAAUUUGGUUCUUUCCUCAAAUUAUAUUCUCUCUCUUCUGCACAACGCCGGUUUCCAUAGCCAGACCAGACAACUUCAAUUUCCCUGGGGUUCUUGUACGGUUACUCCAUUGCAACAACUUGUUUUCAAGCAAGAUAAUAAUAUGUCCGGAAGAAAUCGUGGACCACCUCUUCCAAUGAAAGGAGUUUCUCAUUCUGGAUUACCGUCUACAGUUCAUGAACCCGCUUUUGGAAGAGGACUUGGUCCAGUGCCCCAUCCUGCCUUAUUUGAGGAGAUGCGAGAAUCCCAGUUUGGGAUGGUUCCCAGACCCCUCCCUCCUCACCCUGCAAUUAUUGAGGAACGUCUUGCAGCUCAACAUCAAGACAUUCAAGGACUUCUAGUUGAUAAUCAGAGGCUAGCGGCAACUCAUGUUGCGCUGAAGCAGGAAUUAGAAGCUGCCCAACAUGAGCUGCAGCGCAUGGGUCAUAUUGCUGAUUCACUGCAAAUCGAGAAAGAUGUCCAAAUGCAAGAGAUGAUUGAUAAGUCUUUACGUUUGGAAGUGGAUCUUCGUGGAGUGAAGGAAAUGCAGGCUGAGCUUCACCAAGUUCGUUCUGAUAUUAAGGAUUUCACUGCUGGAAGGCAGGAGCUUACAGGCAAUGUACAAGCAAUGACUCAAGAUUUGGCUAGGAUGACUAUGGAUCUGCAGCAGGCUCCAUCUUUGAAGGCAGAAAUUGAAGCCAUGAAACAAGAGCUGCAGCGUGCUAGAGCUGCCAUUGAGUAUGAGAAGAAAGGAUAUGCUGAGAAUUAUGAGCAUGGUCAGGUGAUGGAGAAGAAGUUGAUCUCAAUGGCUAGGGAGUUGGAGAAACUUCGUGCUAGUGCUGAGAAGAGAGCACGUGCUGCUGUUGUUAAUCCAGGUUAUCCUGCAAAUUAUGGCAAUCCUGAAGCAAUGGGAUAUGCGGGAAAUCAUUAUCCCGUCAACUAUGGCAUGAAUCCCGGGCAAAAUGGUGCUGAAAAUUUUCCACCAUAUGGAGCUGGACCUGCUUCAUGGGGUCAAUAUGAUAUGCAACGAGCUCAAGGGCACAUGAACUAGCUUUCCUCACUACGCGCUGCACCGGGUAUCUUGGGCUGCCACAUAUUAGAUAUUUCGAUUUGUGUUUGAAGGUUACAUCUUUAGCAGUCGGUGUUAGAAACUCUCCUCUAGACGAAAACAGCAGAGUGAUCUUUGAACCUCAUAUCAUGACUCAUGAGCAGAACCUUAGCCGCUUGUCUCCCCCCUCUGCAACAAUUUACCAAAGAAGAUCCACAAGGAUGUUAAGGUGGCUAAAUGACACAGGCCGUGGUGAUAUUUCAACUUGAAAGAUUUGCUUCCUCCUCUGCUUCUUGUGGCUGGCAGAACAGCCAUGGUUUUCUUCAACUUUUUGGUCAUAUUUGUGAGGAUUACUUUUUUUGGGGGGUCAUAUUUAAGUUGGAUUUUGGUUUGGUGGGAAAGAAAGAGGUAAAGGAAAAUGUUGAGGGAAAGGAAAAUAAUUGCAAAAGAAAAUAAAAUAAUAAAUAAUAAAAAAAUAAAAUCAAGUUUUCAUAUUUAGUAUAGAAAGAAUUGUAUGGGAAAACAAUUGAUUGAACAAAUUUUUUUAUAUGGAACAUGAUGAUUUUUCUAUUUUAGUGG